AUGAGCAGCCUAAAUACAUUAUUCAACGUUACUUACAGCCUCAUAACUAUAGAACCAUCAGUAGUAACCGAUGUGGAAACUUAUAUAAGUCAACAUCUGGGACCGAAACGUUUACCUCUAAACUGGUUGAUACCGCUAACAACUGUUUAUGUCGUGAUAUUUUUAUCAGGUAUGAUAGGUAACACUUGCACGUGUCUUGUGAUUUCACGUAAUCAGUACAUGCAGACGGCCACCAACUGUUACCUGUUCAACUUAGCUGUUGCGGACAUGCUGACCCUAUUAUUUGCUAUGCCAUUGGAGCUUUACACACUUUGGCAUCAAUACCCUUGGGGCCUGGGGAACGUCAUCUGUGAAUUACGUGCCAUUAUUCCAGAAACCACGGCUAAUGCUUCUAUUCUUACGAUUGUGACAUUUAGUGUAGAACGUUACAUCGCUAUCUGUCAUCCUAUUUGUCAACAGACCAAGUCCAAGCUUUCACGUGCUAUUCGUAAUAUCAUAAUUAUCUGGAUUCUCUCUUUAGCCGGAGCAGCGCCGUAUGGACUUUUCAACCGGAUCAAUUACUUGAAAGAUGAGAACAAAAACCCAUUAUUGGAAUCGGCGUGGUGUGGGUUUCCUUUUCACGAACCAGAUAAAAGCUGGGAAACCUUAAUGGUGUGCUCGACUUUUCUUUUUUUCGUUGUUCCAAUAACACUGAUCAUCGUCUUAUACGCCAGGAUAGCCAUGACGCUCUACCGUUCUCGCAAAAUGCACAGGUGUACAUCAGAAGGCAGCACUAGUUGCCAAGAAGAAGGAGAAAGAACAAAGAUUCAGUCUCAGAAAAUAGCUAUAAGGCUGUUAGCUGCAGUUGUGGUCGCUUUUAUUGUCUGCUGGGCUCCAUUUCACGCCCAACGACUUCUUUUUGUUUUCGUAUCUCUUUAUUCAAAAUGGACAGAAACGUUGCGGAAAGUCAACCAUUAUUUAUUUAGUUUGGCAGGUUGUUUCUACUAUUUCAAUUCGACAAUAAAUCCUAUACUGUACAGUGUAAUGUCAAACCGGUUUCGAGUGGCGUUUAGAGAAAAGUUGUGUACUGGCCAACCAAAUAUUUGGUGUCUUUGCUGUUGCUGCUGGUGUUGCUGGAACCGACUAGAAGACAGAAAAAACAGUUCCCAAGGCUCCGUCCGAUCCUCUCUUAAUAAUCCUUUAAAUAAUACAAGAAUGAAUAAAAGAAAAUUACCCAAUCGUCUUAGAAACGUAGAACUUGAGAUUAAUGCCGAGCGGCUUCCUACUACGUUAUUUUGGAUAAGAAAUCCUUUGUACGACUCUGUUGAUGUUGGUGAGGGUCGUAAUAUCCAGAUGUCACAAAAACUGGUCUUACCCACAUUGCAUUUUCCUCCAGCAGCUGGAAUAUCUACAGUGCUUCCAGAACAUUAUGUAAUUUCCAAUGAUCGCGGAAACGCAACUGCAGAGUCAGCAAAUGAAGACAUAGAAAAGUUGGAACUGGUAGAGGAAUUGGAUGAAGCUCUUAGAUCUCAGCUUGCAAGGCUUUCAGAAGAAGAAGGUGAGUGUGUUGAUUGUGCUAAUUGUAAUAAACUGUUUACUCCAAAGAUGAUUAAACCGAUAAUGUCCAUUCCAGUUGAUAGAUCGAUUACAUCAGAUACAAAUGUCGUUGGAGAAUCUGACCGAAUGCCAACAACACGAGGUGCAUUUUGA